AUGGGGAAUUGCAUCCAGGGAUGCAAAGACUACUUCUCUCGGCAAAAGAACACCAACAUCCGUCUUACACUGCCGGUAGUCUGCUUCGUUUGGCAGAUCGCCAUGAUCAUCCUCUUCGGAGUCUUCAUCCGCUACGACGAGGAGUCGGACACACACUGGGUAGAGACCAAGGCCCAUGAGAACAUCACCAGUGACAUAGAGAAUGACUUCUACUUCAGAUACCCCAGCUUCCAGGAUGUCCAUGUGAUGAUCUUUGUGGGUUUCGGGUUCCUCAUGACUUUCUUGAAGAGGUACAGCUUCGGCGCAGUCGGCUUCAACUUCCUCAUUGCCUCCUUCGGCCUGCAGUGGGCUCUGCUCAUGCAAGGCUGGUUCCACUCUCUAGAUCCCCAGACAGGAAAGAUCUUCAUCGGUGUUGAAAGUCUGAUCAAUGCUGACUUCUGUGUGGCGGGCUGUCUCAUAGCCUACGGGGCAGUGCUGGGCAAAGUCAGCCCGGUCCAGCUGUUGGUUAUGACCCUGUUUGGUGUCACUCUGUUCGCUGUGGAAGAGUACAUCAUUCUGAACUUACUUCAUGCUAGGGAUGCCGGUGGCUCCAUGGUUAUUCACACCUUUGGAGGUUAUUAUGGUCUGGCCAUCUCCCGGGUCCUUUACCGACCUAAUUUACACCAGAGCAAGCGUAUGCAGGGCUCUGUGUACCACUCCGAUACCUUCGCCAUGAUCGGCACACUGUUCCUGUGGAUGUUUUGGCCCAGUUUCAACUCGGCCAUUACUGACCAUGGAGACGGUCAGCACAGGGCAGUCAUCAACACCUACCUGUGCCUAGCCUCCACUGUCCUCACCACAGUGGCCAUCUCCAGCCUCUCCCAGAAGACUGGCAAGCUCGACAUGGUGCAUAUCCAGAAUUCCACCCUGGCGGGGGGUGUUGCCUUGGGGACAGCGGCUGAGUUUAUGAUCUCUCCCUACGGCGCUCUGAUCGUGGGCUUCCUCUGCGGCAUAAUCUCUACCAUGGGCUACAUCUUCAUUUCUCCCUUCUUGGAGAAGACACUGAAGAUUCAGGACACGUGUGGAGUACACAACCUGCAUGCCAUGCCUGGGGUGAUUGGCGGGAUAGUUGGAGCCAUCACUGCUGCAGCUGCCAGCGAGUCAGUCUACGGAAAGCAGGGGUUGAUCAACACGUUUGACUUCACUGGAGACUUUAAGGACAGAACCGUGUUAACUCAGGGUGGAUACCAGGCCGCUGGCAUGUGUGUGUCCAUUGUUUUUGGGGUUGUAGGCGGAGCUAUAGUCGGUUCCAUCCUGAAGUUACCCAUUUGGGGUGAUCCUGCUGAUGAGAACUGUUUCGAUGAUGAGGUGUACUGGGAGCUCCCUGAUGAAGAGGAGGAGCAUCAGGAGAGCAUCCCUCCCAUUCUGGAGUACAACAACCACAUGAUCCACAAGCAGCAAGAGCUAUCUGAGUCCAACUUCUCUGUGGAACACUGUGAAAGCUAA